UCCACCUGAUGGACGGCGUGGAUAUACAAUACAUAAUAAAGGUGGGACCCACGGUAAGGGUAACACCUAAUCCUCUCCCAAUUUUCUGUGACUCAGACGAUCCGUAUUCAAAACAGCAGACCCUCUGCCGCCGCCUCUCUCAAUCUUCUCUUUCGCUAUCGAAGAAAUGGAAUGCAACACUCUGUUUGGCGGAUCUAUCCGUUCCUUUCUCCCUCUCAAACCCUAACCGGAUCUUCCUCUCUCUCUCUCUGAAGCCGUUGUUUCGAUCCUCGUUGAAGAAGAAGAGGAGGCCAUUCAGACCCUCCAUCCAGGCCUGUGAGGGGUCACUUAAGUUUAAGGGUGGUUGAAGAAGCUAAAAUCCUUUUUGGGUGUCAUUGGAGGAUGCAGGGGCUUGCAUUUGAUCCUCUUCAUUCCCGUUGGCGACGCUUCAUGAUCAUCAAAAGUAGGAAAUGCUCUAGUAUCCAUAAUGUCCAUCUUCUUUCAGUAUUACUUUCAUCCACUCGUGCAAUCGUUGAAUUUCAAAGCCCAUUCCACCAAUUUGCCACAGUAGCAACUACUCAUCGAGAAGGACAACAAAAUCCAAUUGAACAUUCUUACGAAAAAGAGCAUGCCCACAAAAUCUUUAAUCUUGCAUCGGAAGUUCGUUUCAGAAAAACUGAUGACGACAUUCUCGAUUCCCUUUUAAACAAUCAAGACUGUUGUGCAAUGCAACCUUCAAACAGCUUUGUUGACAACUUGCUCCAGAGAUUCAAUGAUGAUUGGAAGUGGGCCUUGGGUCUCUUUCGGUGGGCAAGUUCACGACCAGGCUAUAGACACUCUCCAGAAGCUUAUGAUAAGAUGGUGGACAUUUUAGGGAAGGCAAAGCAAAUAGAGAAGAUGUGGGCAUUGGUUGAGGAGAUGCGUGGGGGUGGUAUCAUCACUCGCAACACGGUUGCCAAGAUCAUGAGAAGGCUCGCUGGUGCAGGGCGGUUGAAAGAUGCCGUUAAGGUGUUCGAUGAAUUGCUUGUUAUGGGUGUAGAGAAGGAUGUUGAAUCAAUGAAUCUCUUGCUCGACACACUUUGUAAAGAGAAGAGGGUUGAACUUGCACGCGAGGUCUUUUUAGAGCUGAAGGCCCACAUUACUCCAAAUGCUCACACCUUUAACAUUUUCAUCCAUGGUUGGUGCAAAGUGAAUAGGAUUGAUGAGGCACAUUGGACUAUCCAAGAGAUGAAGGGCUAUGGGGUGCGCCCUUCUGUCAUAACGUACUCAACUAUCAUCCAAGCCUAUUGCAACCAAUUCAAUUUCUGUAAGGUCAAUGAGCUCUUGGAUGAGAUGAAAAUUGAGGGUUGCUCGCCGAACGUUGUCACCUACACCACAAUCAUGCAUUCACUUGCCAAAUCUCAGGAAACUGAAGAAGCCUUACAAAUCUUUGAGAGGAUGAAGGCAGAUGGGUGUAAACCCGAUACGGUCUUCUACAAUUCCUUGAUCUACAUCCUGGGGAAAGCAGGCCAACUAAGCAAGGCUGUACAUGUUUUUGAGGUGGAGAUGUGCAAGAAUGGAAUAUCUCCAAAUGUCUCCACCUACAAUACUAUGAUCUCUGUCUUUUGCCACCACUCCGAAGAGCGAAAUGCUUUGAAUGUUUUGAGGGAGAUGGAAGAGUCGGGGUUGUGUAAACCCGAUCUUCUAACGUACAAUCCAUUGCUCAAGCAGUGCUUUAAAACGGGGAAAACAGAUAUUAAUCUUAGUAAGUUGUUGAGUGACAUGGUAAACAAGCAUCAUCUGAGUCUUGAUCUAGGUACUUACUCGCUCUUAGUUCAUGGGUUUUGUGGAGCAGGCAAGUGUGAGUCAGCUUACCUCCUCUUUGAAGAGAUGAUAAGUCAAGAAAUAACUCCUAGAUAUCGGACAUGUCGUGUACUUUUGGAAGAAUUGGAGCAGAAGAAUAUGAAUGAUCAUGUAGAAAGGCUUAAAACUUACAUGAAACAAAUGAAGGGUUCCACUCAUUAGUAAACACUAGAGUAUUGACAUGUUUUUUUCCUCUUCUUUUGUGUUGUAACAUGUCAUGCUGCAGUUAGACCGAUAUUUUGUCUAUCCACUUGUCACGAAAAAUGUUUUGAUACAUUAAAUUUCACAGGUUAUUGCUAUAUACAGUCUUUUAUAAUUUACUGAUAAAAAAUAUAAUGGUGAUCUUGAUUUUCCCUA